UGUUUGGAAAGGGUUUGAAAUUGAUCAUUCCCAACGGGUUUGGGGAUGGGAAAGAUCUAACCGUCCCAAAUCCCUCCCAUGAUGAUCCAUACUCGUUCGACGUCACUACUUUCAUAACAAGAAAUGAUGCGCAGUUACUGCUUUUAGUCAAAACAUUUAAAAAAAAAAAAAAAGGACCGUGAAGGGGGCCUGCCAGGUAUACCGGAGUUUCUGAACUGUGAUUGACAGUGUUCCGUAGCUCCAGCAAGUAGGAUCGAGCUUCGGUGUAUGUUUCCUCUGAAGUCAAAAGUGGUUGGACUGUUUCAAAUGACACAAAGCUCAGCGAUGAAUCCACGGCUAAGCUUAGAGCAGUCCGCACACUGGUUCGUGGGUUUGGUUUGUGUCUCUGUCAGUUGGCUAUGUUUGACGUUGAAGGAUCAUAUGCUGGAUACUGCAGGAAUCGAACUGAAACGAGGUCUAUGCUUUCAGCUUAGCUUUUUGCCACGGGCCUUACCAGGAUACAUGUCUACCCCAUCUGGGCAAAAAAGGGAACAGCAUCGAAAUGUUGAUGGAGGAGAUUGUGGAUUAGACGAGACCCCGACUGAGGUGAUGGUAUUGGAAAUUUAUACUCUCGGGACAGCCUGAAAGGUUGAACAGCGAGGCGAUAUCUGGCUAAACUAAACCAUCUACACGAAAUCUGUAUCUGCCCUUUGAAGUCUUAAGCCAGACAUAGCUCAGCCUAUAUCGGGCCAAGGUUGAUUACCCAAUCCAUCAUAAGCUUUUGGCUUACUGAUGCAGAUAAGUUUCCUCCAAAAAUUAUCGUAAGAUUGCUUUAUGUAGUGUUUCUUCGUAACUGGAAGUGUCUAUGUCACAGUGGGAGAAUGAGUGUAAAGAUCGCUGGACCUAUGUCAACCGGGCAGCAAUUUCAUAGUUCUUUCGAGCCUUUCUGCUGUUUUUAGUUACAGAGUUCAUCUUAUAGUUUUCU